UCAGUUCCACCGAGAGGAGAGUUCGCGCGAGAGGGGGGUCACGUCGAGAGAGAGAGAGCUGCGCGAGGAAGGGGAGUUCUGUCCAACCGUCGCAGCCACUGUCGCGAGUUGGGGGUUGUGCCGUGGAAGCUCCGUCGCCAUCCAUGGAGUCGCAGGUGUGCAUCGCCAUCGAGAGGAAGAGCGCCACGCCGAGGGAGAACCAACUGGAGAGAGGAAGAGGCGUCGCGUCUACUGCGAGCCUGCCAUCGUCACCCUCAUCGCGACUUGUCACCGCCACUGUGAGCCUCUUCUCCUGCCAUUCAAGGAGCUGUGCUCCGUCGCCGUUUUGCCACCAUUGGAUCCCCUUGGGAUUGUUUAUCGUGAGUUGCUCCGUCGUACGCCACCGUCGGAGCCAUCAUUCCGCUGCUGCCCCCUUGCUCUGAGCCGUUCCAUUGUUGCAGCAAGUGUUGUUAUUGUGGUUGCUCGAUUUAGUCUCACCUCUUUGGUUUGGUAAGCUAUUCCUUGAUUCAGUUUCGAACUUUAGUAUGGUAAGCUAUUUGAUGGAUUGGUGCUGGUUGUUGACUUGUUUAUUUCAUUGUUGCUGCCUUGCUGGUUGUUCUGUUGAAUUACUGAAACUGCUUCUAUUUUGUUUUGUUUUGUUUUGUUUUGUUUUGUUCUGUUGAAUUACUGAAAUUGCUUCUGCUUGUUCUGCUCCUCUGGUCCCUGGUCCUCUGCCUCUACUGGUCUAGUUCAUUUCGGCUGUUCUUCCUCCCUGGUAGUUCUCGGCGUUGUCGUUCCCUAGUUGCUGUGCAUCGCUUGGUUGCUGGUUUCUGGUUCAUCUCGGCUGUUCUUCCUCUAUAGCUGUUCUUUUUUCUUGUUUUAAUUCGUCUUAUGUUUUUCCUAUAGCAGCUUUUUCAUAGUGUUAGGAAUAGUUAGAGCAUAACAUCCAUUGUUGGAAGCAAACAAAGAAUUGGUGGAAGUGCACCCAUCUUAAGAAAAAUCCGCGCCUGACUUACCAUGCAAAAAGGAGCCAACGCCAAUUGAGUAGUUGCUUCCUUAUAUAUAUGAAAGAUGAUAGUAUAGAGGGAAUAUAUGGUACUUUGAAGGAGUGUGCUGUCAUUAGCAAAUCAGCAGGGGGAAUUGGUGUUUCUGUUCACAAUAUCUGUGCCACUGGCAGCUACAUACGUGGAACAAAUGGGACAUCCAAUAGUAUUGAUCAAAGAGGAGGCAAGAGGAAAGUGGAAUCAUCACAUAUGUACAACUCUUGGGGUUGCAAAUCAAUGCAGAAAAAGUUCUUCUUCAGCAUAAGAAAGAGCCUAGUUGAAUUUGAUGAAGUAUUGGAGGAGUGCUGAAAUGGUGACCAUAUGCUACUUUGAGGGCUCAACAAUGUUUUGAUGCAUAGAGACACUAAUCUAUGUUAGAACUUUUAUGUUUUGGUUGAACUUUGUAUGUUAGAACUUUUAUGUUUUGGUUGAACUAAUCAAUGUACUCACUAGCUAAUGUUAUUUUGUUUCAAGACAAUUUUAGCUAAAAAGAUCUUGUUUGACUUAUGUAUGUUUUUGCAUAUUAUAUACAUGUAAACUUGCUUAUUA